AUGGGAAUUUUCUUGUUCCCAGCUCCUGGUCGACAGAGGAACCAAGCCCCAGCCAGUGGGCCGCAUCCCUGCCCACAAAACAAUCGCCCCUUCGGGCGGUACGCCGAGGACCUCUUCGAGGUAGGCCAGGAGCUGGGGAUUAGAGGGAGUACCCUCAUCCAGCUGUUUUUAGCGGGUCUGGAUGAGCCUGUCAACCGGGAGGAGCUGGGGGAGCUAGAUACGUGGUCCUAUUGGGAGAUGGUCGACCACGUCAUCUACUUGAAGGAGGUGGAGCUGCGGGAGGGUGCCCUCCCAGUCUGGGCUGUUGCUCCAGAACCUCCUCGGAUCGUGCCAGCCACUUCCAGAAUCUCGGGGUCUUUCUUUGGGCGCCCCGGGCUGAGACGCAGCGUGGAGGAUCCUCCGCUGAUGUCGAAUAUGUAUUUAAUCUGGCCUACAGGUGAUGUAGAGAUUCUCACUAAUAUCGGUCCUAAUGAUCGUCUGGUUCUGGAGCUAUAUCUCUUUCCUAUUGGCUUGGGUUAUGUGGAGCUGGUUCACACUGAUGGAGAAUCCACCGCUACUGUACGGACCAGAAAACCACUGGAUGCUGAUGAACUAAAGGAGACUAGAGGGAUUUUGUUUUAUUCGGUCACUUGCUCGAACACAGGGGUGAAAAACAACCGGACAGUAUACGUGCUUGACGUCAAUGACAACCCUCCAAUCUUUCAGAACAAAUCAUACAGCGCCACAGUGUCAGAGGUGCAUACGACGGCUGUGGGUUCAGAUGUGCUCAGGGUGAGGGCUGACGAUGCAGAUGUGUCUCCACCUCCAGUAUCAGAUGACUUUGAUGUGACAGAAGACGGCAGCAUCAGGUUGACUAAACAUCUGAACUACAGCGAUGUUCAACAGUACAUCUUCACUGUGGAAGCUAGAGAUAUAGGAGGUCUCAGUGACACAACAAUAGUUACAAUAACGGUUGAAAAUUCUGACAACCUUUAUUUUGAUCACAGUCUCUACAAGGCAUCCAUUGAGGAAAAUCAGGUAGGACAAUUCUCAAAUGUCACUCCUGAGGCCAUAAAAGCUCAAGAUGGCGACACAGGCGAGCCUGUAGUUUACAGCAUAUCAGCAGUCCUUCCACGUGUAUAUGAAAGCAUCUUUGAAAUAGACCAAAACAGUGGGGUCAUCUCUGUGAAAACAGCACUAGACAGAGAGGAAAUUGACCAGAUAACGAUUAAGAUACAGGCAGCCCAGUGGGAUGAUGCCAGUAAAACGGCUGAUGCAGAGGUGUCUGUCACCAUUGAGGACGUGAAUGACAACCCUCCGAAAUUUGACCAGGAUGAGUACACAGUGUCUAUUCUGGAAAAUUCACCACAGGACCAGUUUGUGCUUCAGAUCACUGUGACUGACCUAGACCUGGGUGGGUUUUCUAAAGGUCACUUUAUCAUGUACAGCGAUACUUUCGUUAUCAACAAUCAAGGAGUAAUAUCACUCAGAAGCAAUGCCACCUUGGAUAGAGAAACUAUAGACAAUUACAUCAUAGAGGUAAUAGCUGUAGACCAGCCUGUCGAUGGUUUAAGCUCCACAGCUCAGGUCAACAUCACUGUUCUGGACGUCAACGACAACAACCCACAAUUCCUUCCUCUCCCAGACCGCAUUGAGAUCCAGGAAGGUGUUUACACUCCCUCAUCACCUGGAGAGGUGUGCGUGAUAUCAGCCACAGACUCUGACAUUGGAGAAAACGGACGUGUCACCAUGAAUGUUUCCUCACACAGUGAACUAUUCAGCUUCAGAGAGGAUGGGACUCUACUAGCUAUCGAGGAGCUGGAUCGGGAGACACAGGACACGUAUGAUGUGGUCAUUGUUGCCAUGGAUAAUGCGAUCCCACACAGAAAUAACAUCACCACAGUGAGGAUCAGUAUCACAGACGUCAAUGACAAUGCUCCAGUCUUCAGCUCUGACACCUACAGCAGAAGUAUUCUGGUUAAAGAUGCCAAGGUUGGAGAGCUGCUGCUGACAGUCUCUGCCACAGAUAAAGAUGACGGAUCCAACGCAAUCAUUAGCUACAGUUUCUCUAAAAACUCUUCCAUGGUCGCACUGGAUUCUGAAACAGGAGACAUCACUUUGACCUCUGACCUUAGUGAGGUCACAGAAGACACAUUGCUAAACCUUACUGCUAUAGCGACAGAUCAGGGAACACCAGCACAAUCUGAUGAAGCUGAAGUCUUGAUCUACUUCGAAAUUUACACUUUCAAUGAGAGUGUGACUUUUGAGAACUCCUCCUACAGCUUCAUAAUUAAGGAGAACGAACCUGAGGCCACGAUAGUAGGCAAGGUCAAGGCAUUAACAGGGAGUCCACUGGCUACAGUCAGCUAUAACAUGAAGUCAGACAAGGAUGUCUUCUCUGUGGAUGAGGAAGGAACCAUAAAAGCUCUCAGACCUCUGGACAAGGAGGAAGAGGAGUGGUACAUCCUCACAGUAGAGGCCAUAGACUCCAGAACUCCUCCAAACACUGCAGAGACAAAGGUUAGAGUUCAGGUUGAGAACGUGAAUGAGGCUCCUGUGUUUGACGAUGAAAUAUAUGAAGCAGACAUUUUCAGUAUCGCUCCAUACAAAUUCCCUAUAGUGAAAGUACAGGCGUCAGACCCUGAUGUGGGCGAGAGCUCAGAAUUGCAGUAUUCACUGGUGGAGUCCACAUCUCUGCUGGAUGUGGAGGAAAGCACUGGUCAGAUCUAUGUACUGGAUGCAUCUAAUGUUGGAGACGGUCUGCAUACCUUUCAGGUUAAAGCCACUGAUAAACAUGGACUGUCCACAACUACAAAAGUACAGAUCGAAGUAAAACAUAGUGUCCAUCGUGACAUUGUCGCAGUCAUCUCCCUAAACCAGCCUGUGUACAUAGUGGAGAAGAAGAUCCCAGAGAUGGAGGAUUCCAUGGAAAAAGCGUUAGGUUUGACUGUGAAUAUCCUCAGUGUGAGAGAUAAGACGGGCACCAUUUUUGGAGAAUCUACAGCCAAGACUUACAUCAGCUUCAUUGCCAUGGACUCCAGUGGUGCUGUCAUCCCAGCCACGGAGGUCAAAGAGAAACUGCACACUGAGCACAAUGCUUUAAUAUCUGAACUGGAGAAGGUUUUUGGUCCUGGUUUGGAAAUCAAAGUGGAGGACAGUUCUGGAAGCUCUGAAGAUUCCAGUCAAGCAGCCGUCAUCACUCUCAGUGUUCUGUUUGCUAUAAGCACUGUAGGACUAAUUGCUUUGUUGAUUGUCUUUGUUAGCUACAGGCACAAAAUGCAAAAUGACUCUGACACAGAGAGUUUAAAUAGUGGUGUUCUUGAAAGGACAUCUACCUGUAGUAUUGAAAUCCCUAAUAACUUCAACAACCCAGAAUCCAGACAGAGUUUCUCAGUCACUGAGAGGAUGUGGCAGGGAAACUGAGGAUGACGCUGAUAUCAGUGGAAACAGCCUGAAAUCACCAUGACAGAUCAAAGCUCUUCAGUUCUUCUCAAUAGUGUACAAGACUUCAUGAGCUCAUGUCUUGAUUAUGACACAUUUAUAGCCUUAUAACAUGUCACUGCCAUUUUAUUUAGGAUAGGAAUGUUAUUUUAUUAACAGCAGAAUUCACACUGAAAAAUACAGCUGUUAAUAUAGA